CUUGUCAUAUAAAGACUCUUGGCAAAGAAGAGAGAGCCGCAAACUUUAACUUGUCCUUUGAUUGUGUUGUCAUAUAAAGACAUCUCAAACCCCAAAUCUUCGAAGAUAGAUUCAGAUCGGAAAAGGAAGAAAGACUCUGUCUCUUGGACAGAUCGACCGUCACCAAAGGAGAAGAGAGAGGAACACCACCACAGCAAGCACCGUAAGAAGAGCAAGAUGGCUUCGAGAGACCAAGUUAAGGCCUCGCACAUUCUGAUUAAGCAUCAAGGAUCUCGCAGGAAGGCGUCGUGGAAGGAUCCAGAAGGUAAGAUCAUUAUGACCAUUACCAGAGAAGCUGCCGUCGAACAGCUCAAAUCGAUCCGUGAAGACAUCGUCUCUGGCAAAGCUAACUUCGAGGACGUGGCCUCUCGUGUUUCCGACUGUAGCUCUGCUAAACGCGGCGGCGAUCUAGGUCCCUUUGGUAGAGGUCAAAUGCAGAAGCCGUUUGAGGAAGCAACAUACGCACUAAAAGUGGGUGAUAUAAGCGAGAUCGUGGACACAGACAGCGGAGUCCAUAUCAUAAAGAGAACAGCUUGAUCUGUUUAGACUCCUUCAAUGUACCAAAAGUUACCAGCUUUUUUUCUCAACCGAAAAUUGAAGAUGAAGAAUAAAGAUAAAAGCUUUGCUAUUGUGGUUUUGAUUCUGCAUAUUUAUAUGGUUUUCGAUAGAACCAAACAUAUGAAUCGCAAUUUCUUCUCUUAACUUUAUAUUAAUAACACAUUCCUGUACUUGCUUGAUCACUUUAGAUCUCAAGCCUGCUUUCCUAAACACAAAAAUGUUUUUAUGGUCUUUUCAUUUUAUAGUGAAUGUUCUCUAUAUUGUACAUUUCUAUAAAACAGCACAAAAAAACAGAAUGUUCACUGUUACUUACCAUGAAAACAAUUUUUUGAUAUAAUUUAUAUAAAAAUAUCAUAAAACAAG